UCGGAGGCCUCGCGCGCCUUUGUGUUGGAGCACCAGCGGCGGCCGCUAUUUGUAUUCCUGAGAUCGGCCAUUAGGGUGCGCUGCCGCGUCACAACGCUCCGGCCGCAGCGGGCAGUGAUGUCAAAGGCACGGCGUGGAGGAAUGAGGACUUCCUGUGUUCGAUCUGCGGGCUCUUGGCAGCUAGAAGCAGCUUCUGCCCUCCGAGCGUGACCCGAACGCGGGUGUGCAUGCAGCGAUCUGGCAGCGUGGCUGUGCAGCCUGCGUGUUAGCGGCCGAGGCGAGGCCCUAGCGGCGGGCGCGCUGACAGCUCUCAUGCGGCGGGGUUGGAUGCGGACCGCAAACUGAGGAGACAUGGCUGUGCUGAAACUCGCCGAGCAGCCUCCACUUGUUCAGGCGAUUUUCAAUGGCGAUCCAGAAGAAAUUCGAAUGUUGAUCUUCAAGACUGAAGAUGUCAAUGCGCCGGAUGCGGAGAAGCGGACUCCUCUGCACGCUGCUGCAUUUUUGGGAGAUGCUGAAAUUAUUGAACUGCUUAUUUUAUCAGGAGCACGAGUUAAUGCCAAGGAUAACAUGUGGCUCACCCCUCUGCACCGCGCUGUGGCAUCACGCAGUGAGGAUUCGGUACGCAUUCUCAUCCGGCACUCUGCAGAUGUCAAUGCCAGAGACAAGAACUGGCAAACUCCUUUACAUGUGGCAGCAGCCAAUAAGUCGCUCCGCUGUGCAGAAAUCAUAAUUCCUCUUCUGAGCAGUGUCAACGUGUCGGACCGAGGAGGCCGGACAGCUUUACAUCACGCUGCACUAAAUGGCCACAUGGAGAUGGUGAAUCUGUUACUGGCAAAAGGGGCCAACAUCAAUGCCUUUGACAAAAAGGACCGAAGAGCACUGCACUGGGCUGCCUAUAUGGGUCACCUGGAAGUGGUGUCUUUGCUUAUCAAUCAUGGAGCAGAGGUUUCCUGCAAGGACAAGCGGGGGUACACACCCCUCCAUGCAGCGGCAUCCAAUGGCCAGAUCUGUGUUGUGAAGCACUUUCUGAACCUUGCAGUUGAGAUUGAUGAAGCCAAUGCCUUUGGAAAUACAGCACUUCACAUUGCCUGCUUCAAUGGACAAGAUGCAGUCGUCACUGAGCUGAUUAAUUAUGGGGCCAACGUUAACCAGCCAAACAACAAGGGCUUUACCCCCCUUCAUUUUGCUGCAGCCUCCACACAUGGUGCACUCUGCUUGGAGUUCCUAGUGAACAAUGGUGCAGAUGUCAACUUGCAGAGUCGAGAUGGGAAGAGCCCAUUGCACAUGACUGCAGUCCAUGGACGCUUCACCCGUUCACAGACCCUCAUUCAGAAUGGUGGCGAAAUUGACUGCGUAGACAAGGAUGGGAACACCCCACUGCACAUUGCAGCCAGAUAUGGCCAUGAGCUUCUAAUCAACACCUUGAUCACAAGUGGGGCCGACACUGCAAAACGUGGAAUUCACGGCAUGUUUCCACUCCACCUGGCUGCUCUCAAUGCUCAUUCUGACUGCUGCCGGAAGCUCCUGUCCUCAGGCCAAAAGUAUAGCAUUGUGUGCUCGUUUAAUAACGAGUCGGUCCUGUCUGCAGGCUUUGAAAUAGACACCCCGGACAACUUUGGCAGGACCUGUCUUCAUGCUGCAGCUGCUGGAGGGAAUGUUGACUGUGUGAAGCUUCUCCUCAGCAGUGGGGCAGAUUUUAACAAGAAGGACAAAUGUGGAAGGACUCCGCUUCACUAUGCUGCAGCCAGUCGACACUUCCAGUGUAUUGAAACGUUCAUCUCCUCCGGAGCAAGUGUUAACACUCCUGAUGACUGGGGCCGCUGUGCUCUUCAUUACGCCGCAGCUUCUGACCUUGACAGGAAGAGGCGAAAUAUUUUGGGGGAGACGCACAACCCAGUGGAGGAGAGUGAUGCUACGCAUGCAGAGCGAGAGAAGGAGGCCUCCCUGUGCCUGGAGUAUCUGUUAGAAAAUGAUGCAAACCCGGCCCUUCGCGACAAGCAAGGCUACAGUGCUGUCCAUUACGCUGCAGCCUACGGCCACAAACACUGUCUGGAGCUGAUUGCCAGAAACGCUCCUUUGGAGAUGCUUUUAGACCGAACUGAGAGCACUGCUGAGGAUCUGGAGUCUCGCAGCACCAGAAGCCCCCUUCACUUGGCUGCAUAUCAUGGCCAUGCUGAGGCACUGACGGUCUUACUUCAGUCGCUGUCUGACCUGGAUAGUCUGGAUGAUGCAGGAAGGACUGCAUUGUCACUUGCUUCCAUGCGUGGGCAUGCAGACUGUGUGGAGGCACUGUUGAGUCAGGGGGCUUCGGUCACUGUGAAGGACAAGGUCCAAGGAAGGACACCCUUGCACUUUUCAGUGAUGAAUGGACACACGUCAUGUCUACGCUUGCUGGUUGAGAGUUCAGACAGUGCAGAUGUUGUGGACAUGAGAGAUGCCCGAGGACAGACGCCGUUGAUGCUGGCUGUCGCUAACGGGCAUGUGGAUGCUGUAACUUUCUUAUUGGAGAAGGAGGCGAGUGUCGAUGCUGUCGAUUCACAGGGCUGCACUGCCCUGCAUCUUGGGAUUCUCUCUGGGAAUGAAGAGUGUGUGCAAUGUCUGUUGGAACAAGAAGCAUCCAUUCUAGUGGGCGACUGUCGUGGACGCACUCCAAUUCAUUUUGCUGCGGCUCGAGGCCAUGCUACAUGGCUCAGUGAACUGCUGACAAUAGCAUUUUCAGAGGGAACGCCAACUUUACGGGACAAUCAGGGUUACACACCUCUGCAUUGGGCCUGCUAUAAUGGCCAUGAGAACUGUGUAGAGGUCCUGCUGGAGCACAAGGUGUGUCGUUGUUUUGAAGGAAAUCCUUUCACCCCUCUGCACUGUGCUGUAAUAAAUGAUCAUGAAGGCUGUGCCUCAAUUUUGCUUGAAGCACUGGGUCCAGAUAUUGUGGAGUGUAAGGAUGCCAAAGGAAGGACCCCUCUCCAUGCUGCUGCCUUUUCUGAACACGUGGAGUGUCUCCAGCUGCUUCUGAGCCACAAUGCACCUGUAAAUGCGGUUGACCAAUCAGGGAAGUCUGCAGUUAUGAUUGCAGCAGAGUUUGGCCGAAUUGGAGCAGUAGAAGUGUUAGUUAAAAGUGCCAACGCCAACCUGACCCUGAGGGAUGAACACAAAAACACUGCCUUCCACCUCGCCUGCAGUAACGGUCAUGCAAAAUGUGCCUUGGUGAUUCUUGAGAAGAUAAAAGAUCAGAGUCUUAUAAAUGCAACAAAUGCAGCAUUACAAACUCCUCUUCAUCUGUCUGCCAGAAAUGGACUCAAGCAGGUUGUACAGGAGCUGCUGUCCAGAGGGGCCAGUGUGCAGGCCUUGGAUGAGAAUGGUCACACCCCAGCCUUGGCUUGUGCUCCUAACAAAGACGUGGCCGACUGCCUGGCUCUCAUUCUGGCUACCAUGAUGUGUUUCUCCCCUUGCAGUACUGGAAAUCCCUCAGCAUCCCCUGUUGCGGUCUUGAAGGCUGGCCGAUUGGGCCAAGGGGUCUGUGCUGGACUGCAGAAUGCUGUGCCAACUUCACAAAGGACCAUCAGCACUGGCUGUGUAACAGCUUGCACAAACAACGUGGGCAGUGAAGAUGAUGAUCCUGAGAACGACUCGGACUCUGAGACAUUCUGAAACUCGGAUUCUGGACAUGUCGUUACUGUACUUCUGAGGCCUGUCCCUCUCAGCUUGCCACCUCAAGUCACUUCUUGCCCUUGAUCCUACCCGUCUGUCUGACAAGGGCAUAACAUUUUGCACUGUGAACUUUGAGAACAAACAGAAAAUAAGCAAAGCUUUCUAAACAGUUAAAAACCAAUUUACAUUCAUGUUACAUACAAGCUGUAGCUUGGACUGACAUGCCAGCACGAUAGCAGUGUUUUUUUUUUUUAAUCUCUAUAGAUUUCACAGUUUUUGGCCAUUUUGUGGGGUUUCAGCACAAGACUAAAUGCUGUUUUAAGAGCAUUACAAUAUACGAUCAGGCCAAAGCCUUUGCUCUUAAAUGCUUCUGAAUUCUUAGUGGCAAAAAGUGGACUGGAGCCAAUGCACCUCACUCUCGCUACUAAAAAUUAAGGAGUUUUGCUUAUCCUUUGAAAAAAUGAUAAAUCAUAAAGAAGAAUGGCCUGUUUUCAAAUUAUAUGUGCCAGACACCAGGAAAGACUGCCCAACAUCUAGUUGUUUUUGCACUGCUACAUUCAACGUUAGUUUUAUAAAUGUGACCAACUGAUAAAGCUGAACAUGGCCGCUACCUACUUCUUUCAGAAGAGCCAAAUUUGUACUUUAACAUCUCCAGCUGUACUGUAGUCCAAACACAGAGGCCAUCAGACAGUAAAUAACCAAAGUUGCUGGAAAUAUUGCAAGUGAACGGGAAAGAAUAGUCAGCAAAUGUUCACCCCUUAUGGGGCAGUGUGGGCGGUCCACUUUUUAUGCCUCUUAAGAUGGACCAAUAUAAUCAGUUACAAAGGGUCAUUGGAUAACAUCAGUCCUGUCAGGCCAGUUUUAGUCUAAAGCCAAUGCUGUGCUUUGUCAGACAAGACCCGCUGCUACUUUUUAAAUCGACGAAGGCGAAGAAUGGAUGGCAUGGCUGACACCAGAUAGCAUGUGGGCCCCAGUUCGAUUCUGGGUCUGUGGUGCCUUUGUGUGGAGUCUUCAUGAUCCUGUCUCUUCUCAAGACGUGUUGUCAAAUUGACUGGCGUCUCUAAAAUUCUGUGUGUGUGUGUGUGUGUGUGUGUGUAUAGCUAUAUUUGAGUGCAGCCAGCAAUGGACUGGCCUCCCAUCCUACUGCUAUUUCCUGCUCCCUGAAUUGGCCUGGAAAUUACCAGAUGGAUAAAUAGAGCAAAGCACAAAUUUUACUCCAGCAUCAACCUUGUUGAACAAGGUGGACUUUAUACUGUUUGGGUUCAAUUGUGGAUUUUGUUUGGGUCUUUUAUAAAACACGUGACUACUCUUUAGAUCAGUGCCCACGUUCAUGGCUUCCGGGUCACGUAUGUCAGCUGCCCACAUUUGCAUGUAACUGUUUAAUAGUAGACAUUCCUACCCAGAGGAGGAGUUUGAGUUCUACAGUACUUGGUCGUUCUGCACAGGGGCUCCCAAGUCUUGAGCAACCAUUGUAAAGAACUCUGUCCAUUUAGUGCGACAGUUCUGGGAAUCUGCAAUCGCUGCCAAAGUGUGUAAUCACUUUCACUGCUUUCUUUUAACUAAGACUAAAUGCAUGCUGGCCUAGCUCUAUGCAAGUCUGACCUUAUUCAUGAGAACAGAAGCCUUCAAGAGUCCCAAGUAUCUUCAACACAGGACUCUAUCCUUCUACCAUUAUGUGGCUCUGUGGUUUCUCACAAGGAAAACAUGUUUGUGCAAUACUUGGCCUAAUUCUAGAAGCUUGUAUCAACUCUCUAGUAUCCACAAAAUUUUUCCAGAUAUUCAGUACACAAUGUCCCUGGACAUUCCUUGAUGCUAUUUAACAGCACUUGAGUCUGAAGCAACCAUUAAAAUUCAGCCAGACCUGUAUGCAGGUCAAGGCCUUUGUUGUUUUGCCAAACUUUUUGGGCUCGUGUAUAUUUCUAGGUUAAGCACCUUUUUGCCUUGUGUUAAGGAUUCUUCUAUGUAUUUUUCUUCUAAUACUCACAAAGAAAUUUGUUUUUUCUCAAACUGUCCAAUCUGAAACCUUUCUUACAGGUGUUAUAGUGUUGUAAAUCACGUUACAUUUUAUUUAAAAGGGUGGUGAGUGUUGUAUGUGGCUCACCUGUCUUAUGUUGUUGAAAUCCAGAAUACUUCACACUCCACUCUCACCCCCCAUUGGCUCCUGGUCAUAGUGCGCAAACUGUCCGCAGUCAGUGCACUGUAUUGAUAUAAAUGUGUGUUGUUAAUGUGUAGUAUCAUAUACUGGCUAAAUGGGUAAUCUCUUCCUAUCCAUAUCUUAACUGCGUGUUCUUUUGAUUGUAAACUUGGAGAGGAAUGUCAAAUGGCUGUAGGUGUUUUGUCUUUGAUGUCGUUAAUUCAUCAAAUUCUGAACAAUAAAGCCAUGGAAAAAUAGACUUAUCAGAAUGUAUGCCUAGGUGCUAUACACACGCAUGUCUCUUGUACCAUGCAGCUUUGCUCAAGAGAGACAAUUCUUAUUUAAGACACAAUGUGCUUAAACAACCAGUAGCUUUCAGAAAGUGUUUUGAGUAUUUCAUGAUAUGUCCUUCAAUGACACAGACAGCAUGAUGCAGUGUGUUGGCUUUAAACGCAUACAGAACGGAAGGUUUGUUUGUUACUCACAUUCACUUGACUGUGAAGUCCCAGCCUCAGUCUUCCUCACAAUUCCAUCAUUCAGCCGCCAGUGAGGGUCAAUCAAAAGCGAAACUCCUUCAGGUUAUUCUGAAGAUGUAUAAAAGCAGGACGUCUUGCUUGGCUUAGAUUAAAGUACAUUACAUUAGAUAAACUUUAGUAAUCCAACUAGUCUCCUGAAAAAUACAUCAAACAAGCUCUGCUUUUUUACAUUUCAGUUGCUUUCUUAAUAUGAGAUUAUAUAUAAUCUGUAGGGAUUGAAACAACUAGUUUACAAAUACAAAAAUUAAAUGUGACUAAAAACUAGACAUGACACACUACCUUAAAUCAUCUGGCAGACACUCUCUUUUAUAUCAUACAAGUGAUAAAUGAUGUCUGUUUUUUGUAAUUUGUCACUGUACUCUGUACAAGUGACAACAAUGAUCCCAUAAUCCUAUAAAACGUACUGUCAAGGUGAGUGUGGAGAACUAUCUAGCAAGGAAUACUCACUCCCAAGGAGUGCACUGCAGAAGACCUUGUGUCCUUCCACUCCCUUUUAUCUCCUCGUGACACUCUGUCGUCUUUUCCCAUGUGUAUUUCCCCAUGGCAUGCACAUUUUAAUCUUCACUGUUUUUUUUUCACCAUUUUACUUUGGCCCCAGUUUAUUCUGCCAUCAUUUACAUAGCAUUCUGGACAGAGAGUUUGCAUUCCUCCUGCUCCUCUUUUUUCACUUCUGCACUUUACUUAAUGUCUGAUCCUUUACACUGACAUAGCUGUGUCAGUAUGAGCCACCAAGCUCUGCUGCAGCUUUUUGUUCCCUUUUCCUCCAAAUGUUUUUGUUUACUGGGUUUUAUAGUAGGACUGCCUUGUGGUCUUAUGUGGAAGCAGAUGAAAGAAAAAGAAAAAUGGCAGAGCAACCAAGCAACGACUCUGGUCACUUUUAGCAUUCCUAGCACAGCAGCAGGAAGUUGUCUUCACAAGCUUUAGGUUUCAGGUUUUGUCCUCCCAGCUUAUUUCUUUACCCGUUGGCUUUGCGCACAGCAUUCUGCUUGUUCCUUCCAGGGCACUGCAGGGACUUUGUAUCUUCAUCCAGUCUGCAAUCAGGUCUCCUCUGUUGGCUACAAGCAGACAGAUUUCCAUCUUUGUGUUCAGUGUAACAGCCAAAGUUUUGCUGCAUGUUUCCACCUGUGUCGGCUCCUAUCAUAGCAUCUAAUUCACCUGCUAUAGCAAGGCAAGUAAAUGAAUAUGUGCAAGUGGAGCAUUUAUGAUGGGUGUGAAGUAAACAAGAGCACACGAUACUGGAGCAUUAUUUUUUUCUUGCUACAACGUCCAACUUCACAAAUAGAACAUAAAAACUGAAGACAAUAUUCCCAGCUUUCUUUUCUGAAUCCCAAUAUUCAGUUUAAGGCUCUAUAACUCACUGAAUUAUUUUUAGCAGAAUGUAAAUGCUUCUGAUGCUGACUGCACCUGUAAAAAAAUGACAACAGGGUAAAACCAGUAAUGUAGUCAUACUUAUGGAAAAAAAUAGGAACAGAUUUAGACAAAAAUGAUUAGUUCAAAAAUGAUUUGCUCUUGAAUGGACAGACGAAACUAAAACACUUCUGGCAGCCAUCUCCUCCACACAGUACAAAACGUUUUCUGAUUGGACUUGACAUUAUAUUUAGAAAUAAAUCCAAUUAAAUAUCUAUAAAAUAACCUCUAGAAUAAGCAUAUUCAAGAAACAAUGACAUACGCCCCAGCAUAAUCAUUUCAUUGAACAAUUUUAAGAUUUAUUCACACUGUUCCAGAAUCUUUUUACUCAAUGAAUGCUGAGAUCACGCUGCCAUAUGAAGACAGAAAUAGGACGUCAAGAAAGGAGAUGAAAUGCCAAGACAACUUUUUGACAUUCCUCUUGUGCAGACUUUGUAUGGAUGGGAGCAGGAGACCCUACGCUUUGCACACAAAACAUGUGUUAAACACCACCACUGUUGUAAUCCAGUAAUGCCACAUAAGUGAUACCUACUGCCAGGAUAGAAGCUGUGGGCACCAUUUCAAAUAUCUUGCUUUCAAGAAGUGGAUUCCAGAAAAAACAGUUACCCCACAUUCCCAGAGCACUGGUCUCAAAUGUAGUUCAGGGAUGUAGACAGUCUGAAGCAUCCCAUAGCGUACAAAGAGUCACUGUGGCUUGUUCUUCAUUCUCCACAGAUCAGGGCCAAGACAAAGAGUUUGAGGUUGUGAAGGGGAUUUGAAAUCAGUUGCCAGCAAGACUCAACUCAAACGAAUCCACCAUAGUUGAAGCAAGCAUACAAACGUACCACAGAGACUUGAAGGAUUUUUUUUGGGGGGGUUUGUGUAAAAGUUGUAACCAUUGGGUUGGAGACAAAUUGUUGUAAGAGUCUAUGGGCAGGUCCCUGUGAGGUGUGAUGUGGGCUCAGUUUACGUGCCGAGAUCAGAAAUGUGCAUUUUUUUUUUCAAUUCAGCAAGAAAAGGUAAGCCUCUGUGUGCCAGCGAUAGCAGAUUGAAGUUUAACUUUCCAGGGGGGACACUCCAUUGUCUGAUGGUGUUGUUGACAUGUCACUGUUUACAAGAACCAGUCUCAGCCUCUCAUGUAUUCAAUGUAAAAUGUUUCCAGAAUCUGCUAGUUUUACAUGGAAUCUAUUUUUUGAUAAUAAAUUAAAUCCAUUGUGUUACAUUCCAAACUUUUGUUGAAAAACUCUUUUUAAUGUUAACAAUUUUUGGUCUAAAACUGCCUUGUAAACAGUGUUUUGGGGGAUAUAUUUAUGUGUCAAAAGGUACGAUUAUUGUUAAUCCUUUAUACAGUAUUUUUUUCAGGAAUGUUACGAUGUGAGGCCUUGAAAAUUUUUGACCUUUAGUGACUAAAGCACUUAAAUGAUAGUGUGUUGUUAUAUUAUUUUGUUAGCACAAAUUACAUUGUUAGAUGUAAGUAAGGAUUUCCUUCCUGUGUUGCCGACCAAAACAAGAAAAAGCUGUUAUUUUCACUUAAUAUAUGUUUUGUAUUCCCUGCAGUGCAGAACGUUGUAUGUAAUGUUUCACAGUAAUUUCCCCGGUGCAACUGUUAAAUGAAUGAAUUCAUACACAGAGUAUCAUAGACCAGUCAGGCUUGUGUUCAGAAGUUAUAUACAGUGGAACCUCUAGAUACGAGUUUAAUUCGUUCCAGCACUGAGCUUGUAUAGCGAAUUUCUUGUAUCUAGAACAAACUUCCCCAUUGAAAAAAAUGGAAAUCCAGUUAAUCCGUUCUGCACCCCAAAUAUAUUAACAUAAAAAUCAAUUUUCCUAACAAAUAACACUGAUAAAUUAUAUAUACUGUAGUCUACCUUUAAUAAAUAACACUGGUAAAUAAUAUAACUGAUUAUUAAAAGAAUCAAAACAGGUGUCCAAAGUGCAGUAGAGCAUUCAAUAAAUCUUUAAAUAAAUAAUCCUUAAAACAGUUGUGAAGUGGAGGUUUAAAAUACACAAGAAUAACAAUCCUUUAACACGAGGUUAAAACGUCAAAAGGAUGCAGUCUUUAAAAAACAGAUGACAAUCCCCGGUGCUUCUUCUCUGUUAGCGUCUCACCUGCGGGCUCUGCAACAGGCGAGACACUCUUAAUGCAGCUGACCUUCUCUACACCAUCCUGCUUCAGCUGUUUGGCUCGCCUGUUCAGCUCACUGUUCAGCUACACGCGAGCCUGCACUCACUCGCCCGCCCGCCCGCCUGCCUUCGCUCUCUCUCCUCUCUUUUCUUUUACUUCUUCUCCCCCUUAACCGGCUCGCGCUUCUCUAUAUAUGCGGGGAGGACAUGGCAGCUGCAGCCCAUCAGCCACAGGAACAAUCAUGGAUGUGGGCACUUUCCCACCUGUGCACUUAAGUGAGAAACGCAGACACCGCAGAUCGCGGCUCGCAACUGCUACCACGCCCCCUCGCUAAGCCGCGAGCUAUACCCACAGCCUGGCUCAUGGCUCGUUACGCGAGCCAAUGCUCGCAUUUAGAUCUGAAUUUUUCGCUCAUACUUUCCUCGUAUUUUGAAUUUCUCGUAUACAGAGGUGAUCGUAUCUCGAGGUUCCACUGUACUUGUAUAUCCUUGGAUUUCAUUUGUAUAAUAAAAACUUUAGUCAGUUAUUGUUUUAAUUAAAAAAAUACUGUCAUAUGAAUCCAAAUAUCCUAAAAUAUUGAUUAAAUUAAGACAUGUUUAAUUCUAAUUUUGACAACGAAACGCAAGGAUUAAAUUAUUCAUAACAUCUUUGUGAAAUGUUUCUUUUUGUAUCACGUGAGGAAAAGUGCCUGAAGUGAUAAAUGUGUACAGUUUGAGAGUAACGUAACAAAACAUAUUGGAUUUGCACUAUUAAUGUGGAAAAAAACGAUAUAAAAAUGAUUGCAAAUCAGAAGCACUUCACCAAUCAACACCGAUUUUGUUGUUUGCUGAAGUGUUUGUCAAAGAAAUCAUCUUUUGAGGCAUUUACUUUGAUGUCUAACUGUCUCUUAGUGAUGUUAUCCACCAUUGAAAUUUAAGAGUUAAUCAUUUUGUUUCCAUCACUUUUAACAUAAACCUAUUCUACCAAAAUAUUGUAAUUAUGACUAUAAGUAUAUAUAUUUCAGUAGGGGCUUUUAAUAUUUCCCAAGUAGAAAAAAAACUCCCAGAAUUGAACUGAUUGGGAUACAACACCAGACAGUGCGGCCGACUACUAAAGUAGCGAGUGACGGUCGGCCCUGGGCAGCAUCUCGUCCACGGCUGGGACUUGUUGCCCUCAUCGGCUCUGUAAAGGGUAAAGUAGAAUGAGAAUACGCAUGGAUGAGUGAAUUCACUUAGUAAUGGAAAAAUCAUCCACACAAAAUCUGUAGUGCAUUUCAUUCAUUCAAAAGGUGACACAUUUAUACUCUGGUACUUUUCGAAAUGCUUUUUUGGUUUUACUGAAUUACACAGACACAUACUGAAACAUCACUUUGUACUGUAUGUAGUUUUACCUACAAAUUGUAAUUUUUAUUGUGCUGUUUAUGCAAUAAGAAAAUCAAUGAUCAUGUGCAGAAAAUACUAAUCAGAAAACCCUGUAUGAUACAGAACUUCCCAAGGCAACAAUGUGUUCCUAUUUGUAUUUUACUGUGGAAAUAUUUUGUGUUUAUGGCCUCCACCACUAAAUUCAAAGAUUAGAUAAGACUUGACAGUUCACAGUAAUGUGUUGAAGUUCCUGUUCAGUGAACUAAUAAACUACCCUGUGCCAUCCCAUAAUUAGAACAGUCCUGUGCCUUCUUUCACAUUUUUGCAUUUGUAUUACUUUAGAUUGUUGUAGAAAACAAAAACUUUAUACUCUUAGACGAAGAGUGUAAGUGGCAACAAAGCAAUACAAGACCACUGAAUUUUGUUGAUUCAGGGAGAAUGGGAGGGAGACUGACAGAUUUUAGGCGGGAAAAAUGUACUGUUGUCCUCUGUUGAAUGUAAGACACAUUCUGUUUUGUAUACUUUGUUAACGUGGCAAACUUACCAUGAAGUGAAACUUUUUUGUACAUUAUAACUGUUCAUAUUUUAUGUGGAGCUGGAAAAUAAAGCUAAAUGUUUUUUUUUGUUUUUUUUUUUUAAAGGUACAAAUGAAAAUAAAAACUUUAGUUUGAAUUUUGCAAAACGCAUUGAACAUUGUGACAAUCUGCUUAUCUGUGCAAACUGUAACUGGGGAUCCUGACAAAGGACCCGAUUAUGAUAAAAGCAUUUCACAGAUUUA